CGUGACGGCCGCGCCGCGGACAUGCGCUGUGUGCCGCCGCUGGCUGGCUGCUUCUCGGCGACUCCACCCCUCUCCUGCAGACGAAGGCAUGGCGAGCACCGAGACCAGAAGGGAGUGUGAGACAGAGGGUUGCAGCAAGGACGCCAAACUUCAGUGUCCCACAUGUAUCAAGCUUGGUAUUCAAGGCUCCUAUUUCUGUUCACAGGAAUGUUUCAAAGGGAGCUGGGCAUCUCACAAGUUGCUGCACAAAAAAGCAAAGGAGGACAAAAACCAGAAUGAAUCUAAGAACUGUGUGGAGAAGGACAUCAACACAGACCCAUGGCCAGGCUACCGCUACACAGGAAAACUACGCCCUCACUACCCACUGACUCCUAUGAGACUUGUACCUGGUGACAUCCAAAGACCUGACUAUGCUGAUCAUCCCAGAGGGAUGUCUGAGUCUGAGCAAUUUCUGAAGGGGACGUCACAGAUCAAGAUCCUUUCUCCUGAAGACAUCGAAGGCAUGAGAAUAGUUUGCAAGCUUGCACGAGAGGUCCUGGACAUUGCAGCCAUGAUGGUGAAACCAGGCGUUACAACAGAAGAAAUCGACCAUGCUGUGCAUCUGGCCUGCACGGCAAGGAACUGCUACCCCUCCCCUCUCAACUACUACAACUUCCCCAAAUCCUGCUGCACGUCUGUCAAUGAAGUCAUCUGUCAUGGCAUCCCAGACAGAAGACUACUACAAGAAGGAGAUAUCCUCAACGUGGACAUCACAGUCUACCACAAUGGUUUCCAUGGUGACCUCAACGAAACCUUCUUUGUCGGAGAGGUGGAUGAAGGAGCAAAGAAGCUAGUUCAGACCACAUAUGAAUGCCUUAUGCAAGCCAUCGACUCUGUGAAGCCUGGUAUUCGCUACAGAGAGUUAGGUAACAUCAUCCAGAAGCACGCUCAGGCCAACGGCUUCUCUGUGGUGCGGAGCUACUGUGGCCACGGCAUCCACAGACUUUUCCACACUGCUCCCAACGUGCCACACUAUGCCAAAAACAAAGCAGUUGGAGUUAUGAAGCCUGGCCACGUGUUCACCAUUGAACCCAUGAUAUGUGAAGGUGGAUGGCAAGACGAGACGUGGCCUGACGGGUGGACGGCGGUGACCAGAGAUGGGAAGCGCUCGGCUCAGUUCGAACACACCCUGCUGGUGACGGAGACCGGCUGCGAGAUCCUCACUCGCCGCCUGGAGGAGAACGGCCGCGCUCAUUUCCUGAGCCAAAUGUAGGCCGGACCGGAACACACCAAGGACUGGACUUUGCAGACACAGACACCCAGCACCUCUGGGUCUCACACACGAACGCUCACACACACACAUCUCAAACAAGAGGCACCACUGCUAGAGCUCAGUGUAACUGUGGCUCUCAUAGUUCUUUGCAUUAAAUAUUGGUUCCUCAAACUAAAUGGAAGUACUUGAAUGUGUCUUAUAUCAAAUGUGGAUUGCUUUAUUAGUGAAAACCGUAUCCUUUGAAGGUAAUAUGAGAGUAUUUAGGAAGUUUGGGUUUGCUUAGUGGCCGGGUUUCACAUCAGACUUGUUCUGACCUCUGGGUCAUGGCACCGGGAGCUUUUACUGGCUAGUUGUUGUCUGUGGUGUGUGGAGCUCAGGGCAAAUCCAACUAGUACGCCAUACUUUGCUUCUUUUCUCUCAUCCUCUGCUAACUUAAUCAGACAAUGAAUUUACGAGAGAUGGGCUGAAAAGAACCGGCAAUAGUAGAGACAUAGGAAAGUUCCAGGAAACAGGGUCAACAAGUUGCACAAGCUCCCCGGCUAUUAACAAACAUUUAAAAUGUCAUUAAAGUAGGUUGAGUGUCACCACAAAUGAAAGUUUGGAUUUCAGGCAACAAAGAGCAUAUUUUGCCAGCCAUAUUGGAUCUCUUCAGUUCUUUUGCAACAAGCAGAGUUUUAAUAAUUUUCUAAAGGUUUAAAAGUUUACCAAUUUGCCAUCUUAAUGGACAUAUGUAAUGGAAUAGAUUGACAUUUUAGGAAAUAUGCUCAUUUGCUUUUUUGCUGAAGGUCGAUACUACUCUUUAACUUUACGUUAUAUAUGAAGCUAGAGCUAGGAGAUAGUUGGCGUAGGUUAGCCUAGCUUACAAUAAAGACAGGAAACAGGGAGAAGCAGCUAGCCUUGCUCUGUCCAAAGUUAAAAAAUUUGUUUACCAGCACAUCUUUCUACCAAAACCAAAGUGGAAAAACUACAAAUUCUGGUUUUACAGGGGGUUAUGUGUACUGUGCCAAGAAAUACUCAUGCACAUAACCCUUUCGCAAAACCAUACCUGUCAUUUUUUAACACUCACUAAACAAACAUUAAUAAUAAACAACAUAAAGCAUAACGUGUCAGUUAAUGAGAUUUAGAGUUUCUGUUCGCUAAAUACAAAGGUACAGCCAGGAGAUGGUUAGCUUAGCUAGCCUGGGUCUGUCUAAAGGUAAAAACAAAAUUCAUCUUUCAGCACCUCUAAACCUCGCUAAUAAAAAAUGUUAUACUGCAUUUCAUUCAGUGUUCUUCUAUAAAAAGUGUAGAAAUGACAGGUUGUGGUUUUAAAUUAUUAGUGUUGUAAUUAUUUAAGUUUGGACAAAGCCACGCUGGUCGUCUCCCCAGGUUUUGAGGCCUUGUUCUAAGCUAGGCUAAACUAAGCUAGCCCUCUCCUGGCUGUAGUUUCAUAUUAAAUGGACAGAUACAUUAUUUGAGCUGUAUCGAUCUUCUCAUCUAACUCUUGGCAAGAAAGCAAGUACAUGUAUUUCCCAAAAUGUUGAGCUAUAGUAUGUUUAAUUUAUGUACUUUUGUUAGGAAAAUAACCAAUAAUUAAAUGAUUUAUUGCAUCAUGCCAGCCUGUUGGCUAGCUAAUGACAGUACCAGGUCAACUAUCACUGUCAUAUUUCCCUUAGAAGCACUCCAACUCAAUUGCUGUAUCCUGAAUGUUGCUAUUAUUAGUUCACAGCCUUUUGAGGACGUAAACCACAGAGCAUUUAGGUAGAUAUCCAGUAUAAGAGUGAGGACAAUUGAGCUCAAAGUCGUUCAAGUGUUGAACUUGUUAAUUCUGUUUUGAGGAGUACUCCUUUGGUGUAUCGUGUUUCCAAUAGCCCUGGUGUAGCAAAUUGAGCCUUAAUGUGUGAAUCUAGGAAUUAAAAGUUUCCAGAUGUCUCAAGGCACGUUAACUGAUGUUUCCCCCAUAUCUCAACAGUCAUCAUUUUCCUUGACUUGGGGACUUUCCUGGCGUGAGCAGCAGUUCUACAUUUUCAGAGGACUAAUGUGAUCACAGUUUCUCUGCCAUCUUUGUAUUUCUUCUAACAGAGUAAUAAAUGACUCUUCUGUA